GUAUUAUAGUGCAUGUAGAAUUCUCCCAGAGUCCGGCCCAAAGAAGCCCGGCCUGUUAGAAACCUUUUCUCUGGUCAGUCGUCUCUAUUACAUGGCUAUGAAGCAUUGCUUUGCGGCAAAGUCGACUAUUUCUGUUUGUAAUCGCACAUACAAGCAAAACCUCAAGACGUUUGGGCUUUGAGACAGUCAAUUUUUGCAUCAUAAUCAUUUUCAUCCUUCUCAAUGGCGGACGAGGAACUUGUUGAUCAGAAGAAGGAUCUUGAGGAUUCUUGCCAACCUAAAUGUGUUAAGCCGCUGCUUGAAUAUCAGGCAUGUGUCAAGAGGAUAGAUGGUGAUGACACUGGUAACAAACACUGCACCGGCCAAUAUUUCAACUACUGGUCUUGUGUUGAUAAAUGUGUUGCACCAAAACUAUUUGAAAAGCUCAAGUAAGUUUCUGUUUUAGGGUCAACUUAUUUGUAGCUCUCUUGCGGUGGAUAUUGUUUUUGAGCUCAAGGUAUGCAACCUUGGUCUUGUUUUGUUUUCAGCAACAAUUUCACAUGUUACAGUUUCUUAAUCACAGUUAAAGAAGAUUUUCUGAGUUUGUUAAA